AUGGCUGACGAUAAUUCAGCAACACAAAUUCAUGUCAAUAAAUCUGAAGAACAAGGUAAUACCGUUGUCUCUGAAGGUGAAACAAAUAAGGAUGCUUCAUCAAAUGCAAUAACAAUCACUGAAAGUCAUCAUGAAACCGUACAAUCUCCUGAAAAUCCAAAUGAUUCUAUUGCAUCUGUAACUCGUCAACUGGACGAUAUUCAUGUCACAGUUGAAAAUGAGCCAACAACAACACCUGUCAUACAGGAAAUUCAAACAACAUCAAUGGAAGUAAACAAUACCGAUGAAGUUAAAGAUAAAGUUGAGGGAAUAGUUACUACACCUGAUGAUAAAUUAAAUGAAGUAGAACAUGCAACAAAUGAAACAAAAAAUGAAUUAGAAAAAGAUACAACAAUUGCUGCUCAUGAUGCUCAAGGAAAGGUUAAAGAAGUAGCAGAUAAUGUUCAAGAAAAAGCUACUGAAUUAAAAGAAGAUGUUGUUGCUGCAGCUCAUGCUACUGAAGAAAAGGUUGAAGAAACUAAACAUACUGUUGGAGAAAAAGCUGCUGAAGUAAAACAUGUUGUUGAGGAAAAAGCUAAAGAAUUAGCACAUAAUGCUGAAGAAAAAGCUGCUGAGUUAAAACAAGAUGCUGCAGCUGCUGCUCAUGCUGCAGAAGUAAAAACCAGUGAAACAGUACAUAAUGUUCAAGAAAAAGCUUAUGAACUUGCUGCUAACGCUAAGGAAGCUUUAAUAGCUGGUGAAAAGCUUGCGGAAGAGAAAUUAGCUGCUGCUAAAAAGAUAGUUCAAGAAAAAACAAAUGAAUUGGUUGACAGUGCUAAACAAACGGCUCAUGAUGCAAGUGUUAAAGCACAAGAAUUAGAAAAAACAGCUGAAGAGAAAUUAGCUGAAGUUGAAAAAUCCGGUGAACAAAAAUUCGAAGAAACAAAACAAUGGGCUAGUGAGAAAAGUUCUGAAGUUUUAACUAAAAGUACUGAAAUACUUAGUACAACACAACAAGCAAUAGUUAGUGGUGCAACUGCUGUAACUGAAGCGGUUAAACACGGAGCAGAAUUAUUAUCAGAAGCUGCUUCCAAUGUUACAGCAACUAUGGGACAAGCAGCAGCCGAUGUUAAAAAAGAAGCUAGUGCUGCAGCUGAUGUUGUUGCAACAACGACAGUAGAAGCCAAAGAUGCUGCAGUAGCAGCUGCAAAAAAUGCUGUAGCAACAGCACCAGAUGAUGGCAAACAAUCGUUAUCAUCAGCACAAACAGCUUCUCAUCUUCCACCUUAUGUUGAAGAAGUUGUAACUAAAACUGAUACUACCGGUACAACCGUAAUAUCACCUGUUGUUGCAACUACUACUCCUACCACCGAUCAUGUUUCACAAGAAGCUUAUGUAACUCAAACAUCUGGCCAAACUGCCUAUGGUCCGCAACCAGUUACUGCUGCUCAAGUAGCACCUGCUGCUGUAGCAACAGGAAAUAAAUCGGGUCCAGUGACAGCAAUUCGUAACUUUUUUAAAAACUUAUUUAAUCCACCUGGUCAACGACAACAAACCAAUACUACUGUUCCAACGAGUGAUGUUACUCCUCAGACAAAUGAAACAACAGCAACAACAACAACAACAACAACAACAACAACUGUUGCAGCAAGUGGUCCAUCACAAUUAUCAUAA